AUUUUUAAAAAAAGUCGUUUUAUUUCUUAUAAACGCACGUAUCUGCGUAGCCAUAGCAUAACAGCACAGUUGCAUGGAGACACAGAGACGAUAAGCGCUCAUAACAUGGCUCGAAUAACUGUAACGUAUAUUUACUUCGAAAAAUCAGCUGACGCUCUGAAAAAAAAACACCUUAUACAAACAUAACUCGCUCGCUCCUUUACUAUCGUCAGAUGCAGUUCAUAAAUUUAUUCAAACAUUACCAAUUCUAUUAAUCCAAUGCGAUAGCAAAUUUAAACGAAUCUUUUAUUUUUCAUCCUUUCAAAUCUCUAAAAAAUUUCAAAUUUCCCGCGCGAUCGCUCUAGAAAGUUCGAGACACAUCCGCUCCGCGGCUAACUUCACUCCACACACGCGAGAAAAGGACGGCGAAUAUAUAACCGGCGCGAGCUCGAGCGCGAGCGAGAUGAAAACACCAACACUCCCCCACCUCUCGGCUUCUCCUCUCGCGAAUCUCGCGAUGAUUAUUCGGUUGCUCGCGCAUCGAAAACGUUCGCCGCAGUGUGUGCGUGUUAUCCGAGAGCAAAAAGUGCGCGUGUGCGAGAGUCUCGCGAAAAACCAUAACAAACCAGCUCUGUACACUAAAAGUAGUCGUCUACAUGAAAGCAACGCCGAGAGGAUGACACGGUGAGAGAGAAGACUCGGCCGAGUGAUACAUGGGGAGGCUGGAGUUAGCAAGAAGACGCGAUAAUCGUCGUCGUCGCGGUGAGGACCCGGAGGAAGAAUGACGAACGCCAGGAGGGAGGAGGUCGAGGAGGACGAGUCCGGCCAAACCCGGCCGCUUCGAUUGGACGAGCUGCCGCUUGAAAUCUUGCUGCUCAUCUUCGACUAUUGUCACGCGUUCGACCUGGUCAGGCUCAGCGGCGUCUGUACGCGCUUCUACGACGUCGCCCACGACGAGGUGCUCUGGUACAAGCGCAGCAAGCAGACCCUCGCCACCAACCAGGUUUCCAAGCGGUUUCGCUCGAGAUGCAAUCCAGUUCUUGGCCCACGUACAAAAUGGCAGAUUACACACAAUUGGGAGUACGGACGAUACCAGAAAAAUGUACUGUUCUCUCAAAAAAUAAAAUUGAUGCCCUGGAUCCAACUGACGGACAAGGAACUAUGGUGGAGUGGUGGAAAUCAGAUGUUUGGAUUCCGCAGAAGUGACCCAUUCAAUCUGGGCAACAAAAUUUUUCAUGAGAACACCCGCAGCGAUAUUUGUAAAUUUGUUGUACGAGACGAUUAUAUCAUCAGUGGUCACAGAGAUGGAAGCAUAAAGUACUGGAUGAAAAAUGUAUUGUACGGUGGGAAUCACUUUUAUGGCAGUAUUGAAAGAGCGCAUUCCAGAGAUGUCGAUGCAGUAGAUGAAACUGGAGAUCUAGUUAUUUCUGGUUCAGCUGAUGGAGUAGUAAAGGCAUGGACUUCUCCUAAGAAUCAAGAUAUAAUCUCCAAUUACAUCAAUAAUUUACCCUUAACUAGUGUAAGAGUCAAUGAUCGAAUCUGGGCAUUAGCUGCUGAUCCGACUGGUACAAAAUUGGCUGUUGGUUCUUCAGGAACUACAGGCCCUCCACUUUAUAUUUGUAAUAUUAUGGAUUUUAAUCGUUCUGAAACAAUGAACCAUCCUUGGAGACAAGGUGCUGGAAUUUUAGAUAUGGUAUGGGAUAGUCCUCAUAUUUUACUUACUUGCGGCUAUGAUACUUGCGUUCGAAAGUGGGAUUUAAGAGUGAACAAAUGUGUUGGCGUUUGGUCUGACCCCACGGACGCAACUAUUUAUUGUAUAUCUUCUGAUUAUAAUUACACUAUGGUAACUGGAACCCAAUUCAAUUGUAAAGCUGUACUAUGGGAUCAACGUAGGCCGCAAUACGUUCAGCUUUACUUUAUGAACCUCCGGCGGAUGUCUAGCCCGAUUUAUAGCGUUUCAUUUGACAGUAGUCAUCUUUAUGGAGCCACCGAUCAGAACGUGAUCGAAGUGAAGUUUUCAGGUCAACCAAAUGUAAAGAAAAAUUAUCGCGAAAUCAUGAAAUACGAUGCGGUUUAAUUAUUGUAAUUAUAAAUAUAGCGGAAUUUAGAUUUCCGAAAUUGAAUAAUGAAUUUGAACGAUGACGUUAAAUAAGCUAAUAGUUUUCAUUGAUUAUUGAUAUGAAAUUAACAUAAUCACUUAGUGAAAGCCUUAUUAGCUUAAUCGUUGAAUCUUUCGGAUAAUGUAAAGGAUAGAUUAAUUCAUAUUGAAAGAUCAGUAUUCUCUAGGGGAUUUUUAUUUGUGUAUUUUUGAUAUUUCUGAUAAGCAAUGAACAUUCACAAUGGAAUUUUAGCUUUGAAUUCGCCAAGCUUGUAUUGCACGUAUCCUCAAUAUCACCAAAUAAGCCUCAUUGCUAAUAUCCCUAUUUGUUAGUGUAUCGAUUGUGAAUUGUCAAAUAAAGAACACAAAAAAAUUAACUUAAUUUUUUUUCUUCUUUAUGGUCGACUGCUGCUUAUAAGAAAUACUCAACGAUGAACGUACAGGUGAUAGCUGAAUAUGUACAAAGAAGUAAGAGAUGUAUAUUCAAAAAAGAUUUCGUUAACAAUUUAUUGUGUACAGUAUUCUAAGAUACAUAUGCAAAGACAAGUGAUCAGGAUGUACAUUUAUUUGUAUAAAAUAUCCCUUUUUCGGUAAAAUAUAAAAAUAUGAAUCAAUAACUCA